ACGUACUUUCAGUCAAUUUUCUACUCUCGCGGAAAGCUCACGCGCCAACAGCAAUAGACAACACGAUAUCGCCUCUUUCCUCGAGAACAUCCGAGCAUAUUCAUACGCAGUAUAAAUACUUUCUACAGCUGAUAGAUUGAAAGAGUAGGACUACAAGGUCAACUGAGGUGUCAGUGUUACGCGUACGUUGAAAGGAAUCGUUUUGAGUAGUAGAGAAAGUGAUAAUUCCCUGCGAGAAUGGCACAACUUAUAAAAAGCAUAAGGGGCACGAUAGUUUUGGGGCAAAAGUUGACAAGCCCAACUGUGACUAUUGCGACGGCGGGUCAGCGACGCUUCAGGAGCACACAAAGCGAUGACUAUGAUUUGGUUGUUGUUGGCGGUGGUAUCGUAGGUGUCGCGUCAGCGCGUGAAAUAUUGUUACGACAUCCGCAUUUACGUGUUGGUCUACUAGAGAAAGAACAUAAAUUAGCCGUGCAUCAGAGUGGACAUAACUCUGGCGUUAUACAUGCUGGUAUUUACUACAAACCAGGAUCACUGAAAGCCAAAUUAUGCGUGGAGGGUAUGCAUUUGGCGUACGACUUCUUGAACGAGAAGAAAAUUCCAUACAAAAAAGUGGGCAAACUGAUUGUGGCCACAAGUGAAGAUGAAGUAGAACGUUUGAUGGACUUGUAUGAACGUGGUCAAAAGAAUUUAUGUCCCGAUCUGAAAUUAAUUGACGGCAAAGAAAUAAAAGAGUUUGAACCAUAUUGUGAAGGCGUUAAAGCUAUACACAGUCCGCAUACUGGCAUUGUCGACUGGGGUCUAGUCACCGAAUACUAUGCGCAAGACUUCAAACAAGCUGGCGGUGAUGUGCACCUCAAUUUCCAAGUGUCGAAAUUCUUGGAAACCACCGAUGGCGAUGCUAGCAAAUACCCGGUAACAAUACGUGGCGCACGCGGUUACCAACAAGUGCGUACACGUUACGUGCUAACCUGUGGCGGCCUACAAUCCGACAAGUUAGCCGAAAUGACAGGCUGUCCACGCGAUCCACGCAUUAUACCCUUCCGUGGUGAAUACCUGCUGCUCUCGAAGGAGAAACAACAUAUGGUGCGUGGCAAUAUUUAUCCUGUACCCGAUCCUAAUCUGCCAUUCCUGGGCGUGCACUUCACACCACGCAUGGACGGCUCGGUUUGGCUGGGACCGAAUGCUGUGUUGGCCUUCAAGCGUGAAGGUUAUACUUAUGGUGACAUAAACUUGCUGGAAUUAUUUGAUGCUGUGCGUCAUCCUGGUUUCAUGAAAAUGGCUAGCAGACAUUUGAAAUUCGGUUUAAGCGAAAUGAUGAAAUCAAUCUUCAUCAGAUUACAAACUAAAGAAUUGCAAAAGUACAUACCACAAAUUAAUGAAUUUGACAUAAGCAAUGGUCCAGCUGGUGUACGUGCUCAGGCCAUGGACAGCUAUGGCAGCUUGGUGGAUGAUUUCGUAUUCGAUAAGGGAGAGGGAGAAAGUCCGUUGGCCAAACAGGUGCUGCAUUGCCGUAAUGCACCGUCACCGGGUGCGACCAGCAGUUUGGCUAUUGCCAAAAUGAUUGCCGAUAAGCUUGAAAAGGAAUUCGAUAUAAAAUCCUAAGACAAUGGUGUUGCCGAAGAAAU